AUGAUACUUUCAAUAGCAGACGAGGGAAAAAGGUACAAAAACAAGGAGGACAUACAGGCACUCACAAAAAAAAUAAGCGAUGAAAUACAAAUAAUAAACUUAACAGGCAACGUGUUCCAUUCUCCUGCGCUAAAAGAGCUGUUCAAAGAGCUCAAAAAAAUUACAAAAUUAGAACGACUCAUCGCCUCAAAAAUUUUUAGUGCUUUGCCCAGCAGUGAGCUGCUGAUCGGUUUAAGUAUCAUCGGCGAGUUUGUUGAUCCAGCGAAUUUGGUGGAAUUAGACCUGUCGGAGAAUGCUAUAAGUGCAGUUCUACCAGAACCGUUCUUUGAGUUUUUGACUAGAGCGGACAAAUUGAAAGUUUUGAGGAUGAAUAAUUGCGGACUGGGCGCAAUAGGAGGAAAAAAUUUGGCGAGAGCAUUGGAACAGGUAAAAGAUAAGAGUAACUUGGAGUACAUAGACAUAUCAAAAAAUAAGCUGGAUUACAGCGCAACAGAAAUAGGAAGGACGUUGAGUGCAUUUCCGAAUUUGAGAACGAUCAAAAUACAGUAUAAUACGAUACAGAGGGUCAAUAUGGAUGAUUUUAUCACAUCUUUUGAAUUUCACUUCUUGAAAAGCCUCGAUUUACGAGACAAUUUGAUAUCUGUGAAUGGAUGCAGAAAUUUGGGACGGUAUUUUGUGAACUGGGACACUGAAGAGUUGUUCUUGGGCGAUUGUUUGAUAGGAAACGAGGGAUUAGAGGCAUUCAUAACUGAGGCCAGCAAGAAUAUGGCGAAAAAAGCGGCACCAACAGCACAUAAAACCGCAAAUAAUCUUGUUCUUGAUUUUUCAUACAACAAUAUAUCUCAGGAAGGAGUAAAUCUUCUUGAGAGCUACUCAAAAGAUAUCAUGAUCAACAAAUUGAUGAUUUACGGCAACGAUUUCGAAGACUGUUCUGCACUAGUAGGAAAUAUUUCUGAAAAUAAAGGACGGGUGGUAUACGAAGAUCCGGAUGAAAUGGAGACUAACGAAAUUGAUGAGUCGCUUGUUGAAAAGUUUGCAAAAAUUUUAUGAUAAAUGAAUGUUGAAAAUCAAGUAGUGUUGUUCACUCUCCUCACGUG